CCUCACAUCGACAACAUGAAGUUCAUACUAGUCAUCUGCCUGGUCGCCCUGGCCACCGCCGCUCCUCAGAAACAUCCAGACAGGGAUGCCCAAAUCGUUAAGGACGAGCGUAGUGAUUCCGGGGACGGAAACUUCUAUUACAGCUUCGAGACCAGCAACGGGAUCUCCGCCCAGAAGACUGGCACCCCAGGCUCUAAGGGACAGAGCAACAUGGACGGCGGCUUUCAGUUCCGUCUUCCCGACGGCACCAUCGCUGAGGUCCGCUACGUCGCUAACGAAUACGGCUACCAGCCUGAGUCUGACCUCAUCCCCAAACCCCACCCACUCCCUCCUCACGCCAUCGAGCAGAUCCGCGUCGCCGAGGAGCAGCGUCGCCAGGGCAUCACCUUUGAUAAAUAAGUAGGUGGUAUACCUACCCCUCGAUCUCUGCUACGAACCUUUCUGUAUAUAAGUGAACUCGUUAUGACAACUUUUGAGGCAUCCUCCUUACACCUGACCCUGGAUACGUUGCAUGCUUA